AUGAGUAAGAGAUCUGAGUCGCUAGAAACAGUCAAUAAUAUUCAAGCCAUUACAUCAUUUUCUUCCUUCAACACAGAAGAACGUUUAUUAGCAGAACUUGAAGAGUUGUCAGAUCUACAAACAGGAACAAGAAUAAUUCUCUAUAAUCUUAAAGCAGACAACACAGGAAAGCUUGAGCUGGAUUUUGAGAGUGAUCCAACAGAUAUAUUGAAUCCACAGACUUUAGAAAUUGAUUUGACAUCUGUGUAUCGUCCUGUACAAGAAUCUGUGCCAUUGUACUGUAUAUCUUUAAGAGAAUAUUGCAGUAUUUUAUUUUUAAAACCAAGGAUGAAGAUUGUGUUACGAGGAAAGAAAGUUAAAACCAAGUUAAUCUGUAAAAGUUUAUCUCAAACUGAAACUGACAGAUAUAAACCACAUUGGCUUGAUAAACCAUUGAAAAUAACCUAUGGCUUUACUUGUUCGGAAAGUAGUAAUGAAGAAUAUGGUAUUAUGAUGUACCACAAAAAUCGACUGAUCAAAGCCUUUGAAAAGGUUGGUUACCAGAAACAACCCAAUGACCUUGGUGUCGGUGUAGUUGGAGUUGUAGAGGUCAAUUUUUUACAACCAAUCCACAACAAACAAGAUUUUAACAAAGAUGAGCGUUACAAUACUUUUAUGUCAGCAUUAGCGAUUAAAACUAAUGAAUACUGGAAUGAGAAGAAAUCAGGUUCUAAUUCUGUUUCUACUAAUCUAGGAGCCAAUCCAGAUUGGUUGUGGGCCCAGUGUGAUAAUUGUUUAAAAUGGCGACGUUUACCAGAUGGUAUCAACAGACAGUUACCAGAUAAAUGGUAUUGUUAUAUGAACCCUGAUGCCUCACACAAUCGAUGUGAAAUUAUAGAAGAACCAGAAGAUGAAGAUCUCUCUUUACAACAUGCGUCAUAUCAAAAAACAUUUAAAAAAGAAAUGGAACAACAAAAACGAAAAACAAGAGUUGAAGGACAUCAGAUGUUGAUAAAGAAAGAAAAAGAAUUAAUUGAAAAGGAAGAAAAAUUAAAGCAGAGAGUUAAAACAGUUGAACAGAUAUGUACAGAGGUAACAUCUACACAAAUCCAAGAAAGAAAGAAAACUGAGGGAUUGAGAAGAAUGUUACUAGAUGCUAAGAAAAGAGAAGCUAAUCAAAGGAAAUUAAUUUUAGAAUUACAGAUGAAGAAAUCACAAGUAAACAAAAACCAAAAGGAGCUAUGUAAGGCUGCAGAAAGUUUACGUGUUUCAAACUUUGAAACAACGGCUUUGUUGGAGGAUGCUUCUGAAUUAACUGAUGGACCAACAGUUUCAUCUACAAGUGGUAUGAAAAGGAAAACUAUGGGCAGUGAUAUUACAGUAAGCAAACGUCUUAUUAUCAAAAAAGAAGAUACAGAUGAAGUAGUUGCAGUCAUUCCAGACUCUGAUGAAGUUAUUGACUUGACAGAGGAAGACGAACAGAUAAUAAUACCUGAUCCUAAAUUGGUUCAGAAAAAUCAAUUAAUGGAAGAUAUUAAACCAAACAUCGAAGAACUUGAAGCGCAAGUUGGCACUAGUGAAAAGGAGGUGUCAACAGGUGAAAUAGAAACACAAACAGAUCUAGACUUAGAUGAUAACAAUACUAAUCCCUCCAAAGACAAAACUUUAACCGAAAAACAGGACAAAGACUUAGACGUGACAAAGAUAGAAUUAGAAGAUACAAAGCUAAAAUUAGAAGAUGCUAACAAAAGAUUAAAAGAUCUACAAAAUAAUGUUCACUCUCUUUUAUCAAUUAUUGUACCAGGUGUAGAUUUAGGGGAAGCGACGGAGAUUGAGACAAUCGUGACAGAAAUGAUCCGGGUCAAUCAAGAAUCAUCUUGAUCUGUGUUUGGGGUAAACAUUCAAGAUUUAUCGUGAUGUGUGUAUGGUACAUGUAACUGAAAAAGAGUCAUCGUGAUCUGUGUAGUGUAAUCAAACAGGCUUUAUCAUGAUCUGUAUAGUGUAAUCAAACAGGUUUCAUCAUUAUCUGUGCAAGUUAAAUAAUCAAGAUCGAUUGUGAUCUGUGUAUGGUAAACAAAUAAGAUUCAUCGAAAUCUGUGUAUGAUAAAUAAACAAGGUUAUUAGUGGUUUGUAUAUGGUUAACAAAUAAACAAGAUUUGUCGUGGUCUGUGUAUGGUAAACAAAUAAACAAGAUUCUUUGUGAUCGGUGUAUGUAAAACAUACAAGAUUCAUUGUGAUGUGUGGAUGAUAAAGUUCAUUGUGAUUUGUGUCUGAUAAACAAUCAAGGGUCAUCAUGAUUUGUGUCUGAUAAACAAUCAAGGGUCAUCAUGAUUUGUGUCUGAUAAACAAUCAAGGGUCAUCAUGAUCUGUAUAUUGUAAACAGUCAAGGGUCAUCAUGAUCAGUGUAUGAUAAACAAAUAAACAAGAGUCAUUGUGAUCUGUGUAUGGUAAACAAACAAUAUCCAUUGUGAUCUGUAUAUGGUAAACAAACAAGAUCCAUUGUGAUCUGUAUAUGGUAAACAAACAAGAUCCAUUGUGAUCUGUGUAUGGUACAUGUAUCCAAACAAGAUCCAUUGUGAUCUGUGUUAAAUAAACUGUAUAAGAAGAACAUGUAUUAGAAGGUUCCACCUUUUUAUAAUCAUUCAGGAAAUUUGGUAAAAGUGAAAGAAAAUCUUUUGUUGAUAUUAUACUGAAUUAGAUCAUUUAGGUGCUGCACUAUCAGCGAUAGAUGAGUAUAACUAUAACGUUUACUCAGAGGCUUAACAAAGUAUUGUUGCUACACGUAUUUGUGUACAUGUACCAAGAUUGAACUCAAGAAGGAUGGGUACAACGUUGACAUGGAAGAUUAACAUACAUAUAUAUACCAAGAUUGAAUCCACAGCAGGUUGUGUUAUCAAAUGUUACAUUAGGUUUCAUUUAGAUUCACAGUAAAACUAGUAAUUUAGAGCAGUAUCAUCAAGCAGAUAUUUUAAUCUAUAACUAAUUAUUUAACAUGAAUAAAGUGGUUAACCAGUUGCUGUUUGAUUUUAACAGAUUGAAAACAAUUUGAACCGUUCCAUCCCACUGUUAAUGUUUAGUAUUUUUAAAAUCCAUUUUGUGUUAUUUUUUAUAUGAAAGUAUUUGCAAAUCAUAAAAUCUUUUCAAAAGAUGUGGACCAAAAAGUAUUUAUAAAUAACUCUAUUAUAUAGCAUUGAAUUGUUUCUGACAAAGAAAUCAAUACUUGACUCAAAUUUUGCUAUAUCCUAUUACCGUAAUAUUAAUUUAUGUUGUUAAUAGCUUUCAGUGUUUAUUUGUGAUCAGUAUCUAGUCAAGUUUAAUUUAAACAAUUUGAGCUGAUAGUGUUACAUCCCACUAUUAAACAGACAUUAUGCAAAAGCUAAAUCUGCCUAUUGCAUGUCUGUUCAUGCCAUAAAUUUUAUAUAAAUUAUUCUAUUCUUUGGCACCUAGAAAUGGAUACAAAUGGGUCGUAAAGCAUAUAAUAAUGUACUGGGCAUGUAUAUAAACUGAUUUACAUUCAACUGUUCCUAUUUUUACUGUAAUUUGUUAUCAGUUAUGUUUGGCGAAAUACACGAAGAGUCCAGAUUUUGUAUCUGGUUAUUCCAAUCUGCACUGGUAGUAUUCUCCUGUGGGUUAUGUUUAGCCUCGGUCAUCGAGUCGCUUCAUCACAAAUGGCACCAGAAAGCAUUUGGAUUGGAUAUCAAAAGCCUAUCUUUUCAUGGUAAGAUACAUGUACAUGUAACAAUAUCAGUGUUGAUUUAAAUUGACCAAUAAUUCGUGUUUGCAAUGUCAAGGACUGUGGAUGAUAUUGAGUUAAAGACUUGCCUCCUUUAAUUAAAGAUACAUUAUGUAAGAUUUAGAUAAAGAGCUGACCAUUCUUGCUAUAAUAGCCCCAAAAUAGAUAAUAUUACUUCAUUCUGAGCCAAGUUAACACAGUUUUGACAAGAUGUGUGCAUUGUGAUAACCAGGGCACUGGUAUAUUCGAGACUUCGCCUCGCUUUCCAAUUUUUAAAUUAAAUUUUUGAAUGACGAACCAUUCUAAUCUAGUUAAAAUCUUGAGUAUCCGAUGCCAUUGAGAGUUAAUUAUGGUCUUGUUUUGUUAAUAAAAGUUUCUAUAACAUUUCAGGCCAAAAGAAGGACCUGCAAUAGGCAGAAUUAGCUCUUGUAUAAUGUAUGUUUAACUUACAUGUAGUAAGAUCAUAAUCUCGAUGCCAUCGGAUGCUGGAGAUUUUCAACAGAUUUAAAUAUGAUUGACAGUUAAUGAUUUAAUUUAAAAAUGGAUAACCAAUACUUUGUUUAUUAUUUGAUGACAAUCAAGUCUACACUGUUCUGACAGCGAUAAAGCAGCUCAGUGUGAAGUAAUUUGACUGAAAUUUUGAACAUAUUCCCUUUUAAUUAUUUAUUUUUGAAUUAUUUUGCGAGAACUGUCAGCUCUUGAUCUAAUCUUAUAUACAUGUAAUGCCCCUUUAAUGGUUGGUAAAUGUUUUCUAACAUUUUAGUUGAGUGCUACAUGUAAAUGCAUGUACUAUAGUUGAAAUCCAUUUUGUGUUUGUUAUAUGAAGAUGUUUGAAAACCAUUAAAUCUCCUCCAAAUAUGUGGACCAAAAAGUCUUUAUUACUGUACAUGUAUUAUAAUUAUACAAUAGUACAUGUAUUAUAAUUAUACAAGUCAAACCUUGCUAUAGUUAGCCAGUUUUAUGUUGUUAAUAGUUUUCAGUGUGUAUUUGUGAUCAUAGAAGUUGUGUUUCUACUAGUCAAGUUUAGUUUUUGUGAAAGUCUCAGUUAUAUUAAAGGGAAUGGAAGCUUAUAAUUAACCAAUUUCCUACCGGGACCUCAUUUGACCCAAUUCUGGCCGGCUCGUUUCAAAAUGGAUUAAGAACCCUGCCGGAGAGUCUGGCAUGGUAUAGUGUCUAUAAGACCAAAAACAGAGGAGGUUUUGUGGACAUGGUGGUGUGGUGAAAGUAAAAGAACCCAUAAUAGUACUGCUGUUUGUUCAUAAUUUCCCCUCAUAGCACACUGCUUGCCUUCAUUAUCCCGGUCCGUGCAGAAAAGUUCAUUUCUGCUAAAGUAAAUUGCAUGAUUUUUGUCGAUGCCAGUGUUAGUUUAUCAUGUAUAAUAAUAUAUAUAAAACAUAAUUAAUGUAAUAAUUUAUUCUUUUGUGCAUUGCUGUUUUAUUUUGUUCAGUAUGUUGAUUUAUCAGCUGUGGCUGUAUAAUCCUAUGUAUUUAAUAUGUAGGUUUACUCAGCCAUCUAUCUUUUUGUUUACAUUUUAACAUUUAAAGCCUGGAACAUAGUUCAUUUAAAUCAUUUUUAAUAACCUUGCUAUCUGGGAUUUGUUGACGACUAUCUUUAAGCUAGCCAGUUUGUUCCCCCCCCCCCCCCCGUUUCUGUGUUUUAAUUUAAUGUCUUUGUUAUUAUUGUCAUAUAUUGUUGAUAUGUUCUUAUAUUUACUUAUACUUAAAGAUCACAAAUUUGGGUUACAAAAGUAAAAGAUUCCAUUAAUUACUUGGUUUAUUUAAAGUUAUCUCAAAUGCAGCAUUAAAUUAAUUUCAUGCAGCUAUCCAGGAUUCCAGUAGACCAAGAGACAGCGUAUAAACCAUUCAUGGCCCAGUCAGACUGUAGAAACAUAGCUUCCGAAGUUCAGUCUCUACUUUAAAGAUCUUGAUAAACCAUCUUUGGUACUAUGUACUGGGCUAUAAGCACUACUCAUCUUGUUGUUUUGAUAUAUGCUAAUAUAACUUUAAUGGAUGCAAUGUAAUUAAUUCUUUUAUCUUAUACUACCUCUAUAAAGACACAGUUAUUUUCUUCAGUGGUAGUGAGAUGAUUUGAAAUGUUUUGCAGAUGUAAUUCUCAAAAAGAGAAUUAACUUUUAAUAUUAGAUAUUGUAUAUGAUCUUUCCUUAAAACAUAAAUUAGAUGAUUGGAACUCUUGGUGGCUCUGUGGAAAAGAAAACUGAUGCAUAAUCUUACUCACACCCAUGUGUAUAUACAUGUAUGAUCUUCCAUUACCAAAAGAAGUUCAAUGAUCAGAACUCUUAGGGGCCCUAAAGUAAAGACCUGUUCCGCUUCCUUCCACUGCUAGAUAACCCUACAUGCAAGCAAAUUAUUAAAAUUAAACUGUACUUAAACCCAAAAUGACAUAGUGGACUUUAAACCCCAUCUUCACAGGGAAGAUAAUACAAUAUGUAUCUUAAUGAGGCUCAUAUAUCUUUCUAUAAUUAUGACCCAUGUCUUUUAUUUAUUUUAAUUCAUUUUAAUUUGUACAAAUUUUCCUUGUGUGUUUCUGAAUUAACUUUAUGAGAAGUAGAUAUAUUUGGAUGAGGAACUUUUCCCCAAGCGCUACCUAUCUUGUUCUUCUUAGGGCAACGCUCUUCGAAAAGCCUAAGGCUUCACCAAUUUAAGAGCAUGGACAUGAACUUGCCAAGCGUGUUCGAUUGACGGAUUUCAAUUUUUUGAUAUGAUUUCACAACUCCAUAACAGCCGCGACAAUGCCCCACUCCAUUCCUGGUUCUUACUUGUAAAUUGUCAACAUUUUGAUCGUUAAAAUUCCCUUUGUUCCAAAUCAAAAAUCUGGUCAACUGUCUGCUCUCUAGAAGUAAAUGUUAGCGUGAGGAAAUAAGGACACUUAUCGUCUACUGAGCUUGAUGUUAAUUUUCGAAUGUAUGUGAAAUAUGACAAUUUCAUCAAUUGGGAUUGUUAUUACUUUUACUUGUUUUUAAUUUUUAAUGAUUACUGUAAUAAAAUGUGAACAGUUUUUUUAGUUUCGU